GCUCAAGUUCUUUUCCUCUCUCAAGAAACAAACACUAAUUCAAAAGCUUAAAUAUUUUUCUUAGUUUGUUGAUUCAAAAGUUCCUGUCUUUCAAUGGAUUACGUGAGAACCCAAGUUGAAGCUGUUUUUGAUGAUUCAGAGCAAGAAGGAUCAACGAUAUCCGAAUCUGGAAGCUGCGAUUAUUCUUCUGAUCGACGGUCUUUUGCUGACGAGCUCGGGCUUAUGGAAUUGCUUGAAGGAGAUAAAGCUCAUGAUUUAAUCUAUCGUAAUUGUAAAUCUGGUCUCGGUGAUCAAUGCCAGAUUCUCUCUGUUCUUAGAAACGGAUUCAGGAACGUUGGAUCUCGUGCAAAGCUCAAGACUUUUCAGAUUUUUCAAGAGGCGGUGCAGAUGAAACACGGCGGAGACGGUGGUGGAGGAGCUAAGGUUAAAUACGGUUGGUGCUCUGUUGCGAAACAAGAGCUCAAAACGAUUUUAGAGUAUGGGUUUAGCGAACCGCUGAGAAAUGAUGGAUCUUUUGGCCGUGGAUUGUAUCUUUCGCCGGAUAAUUCUCCUCUUGAUUGUUUGAAGGAUUCAGCUUCAGAAUUAGAAGAUGGGAUGAGAUUCUUGUUGCUUUGUAGAGUUCUACUUGGAAAAUCAGAGAUUGUUCCUCAUGGCUCGACUAGAUCAUGUCCGAGUUCACCAGAGUUUGAUUCUGGUGUAGAUGAUUUAGCUUCUCCGAAGAAGUAUAUUGUGUGGAGCACACACAUGAACACACAUGUGUUGCCUGAGUUUCUUGUUUGUAUCAAAGCUCCAUUUAACUUAACUCGAAGUCCAAAGAGAUUGAGAUCACCAUGGAUGGCAUUUCCUGUUUUGAUCAAAGCAUUGUCGAAGUUUCUACCUCCUUCUCAAAUACUUGUCAUUCAAAAACAUUACAAAGAUCAACAAAACAGGAGAAUUACGCGGAGCGAACUAAUCCAACAAGUCAGAAGUAUAACCGGAGACAAAUUACUAGUUCACAUCAUCAAAGCUUUUGGACAUAAAGUACAACACUAAAUCUCCAUUGCAGAUCACUUUGGCGUUUUUGUUUCAAGGACACAAUCACCAUGGUUGUAUUUGUCUGUUUACCACAACAAAAUGAUCAGGACUGGUAAACAAAUGGUCAUGUUCGAGGAGUCUCCAAAACAUAGAGUAGUCCCUUUUUAUUUAUUUCCCAUGAUAGUGAUGAAAAAAAAUUGUUCAAUAGAUUAUUUAAGAUCGGUCAGAUUAGGGUAUUAGCUACAUUAUUAAUCUUGUAUUUUUUUUUUCUGCACUCUUCUUUCAAAAACAUUUGUAUCAUUGUCUGGCUUUGAGCUGAAGAAAAACCAUUAUUAUUACCAGAGAUUCUGGUGACUUUUAA